AUGGCUGCGCUCGACCUGGCUACGCUGAAGCUUCGCUGUGCUUACAAGUCGGAGGGCAACGCGGACAAGUGGGACUUGGACCGCCUCGCGCCGUGGCAGGAGGACGUCCUCUGGGCAGCCUACAGGGGUCGCGUGUUCGAGAUUGUCGAGCCCGACGGCGAGGUUGUCGGGACCAUGCGUGUGCACGGGUUCAGGAAGGACAGCGAUUGGGAGGAGUACGGAGGCUUGCACGACGCGAUGAGGGACUGCGGCGAAGGCGCCAACAAGGCCGAAGUCGAAGCCUUCUCGCACCUCUUCACCGACGAGGGCUUCUUCAAGCGCGACAUCGCCAUCAGCGGUCACGCCGCCUUCCAGCGCGAGGUGACUGACCAGCCGUACCUCGUCCUCCUCGACACGAUCUGCAUCAAGCCCGAGUACCGCGAGAAGGGCGUUGGCUCGUGGGCGGUCCAGAAGCUGUUCGACCUCGACGGACAAGACUUUCUCUUCGACGACGAGGAGACGGCGAAGAUGAAGAAGGAGGAGAACGCUCGCAUGGUGCAGGCGCGCAAGGAGGCUGCCGAGGUGAAGGGACUCUUCCAGCCCGGUGCCCUCGAGUGGGUGUGGAAGAAACACCCACUUCACCAGACGGUCAAGUACCUCUUCGUCCACCCGCGCUCGCUCGAGUCGCAGCUCCCGCAGAGCCCCGACGCGACGCAUACCCUCGCCGACCUCCGCAAGACAGCCGAGAAGACGUCGAAAGAGCGCGUCCUUCACAUCUUCCACAAGAUGGGCUUUCGCCGCGUUGGCAAGACCUCCUUCCUCUGCAUGUCGAAGUCGUCGGACUAUCGCUCUCGCUUGAUACCCGCCGACGGCGACGCACGCGAGAAGGACUAG